AUGGAAGAGCACAUCGAAACGGUCCAGGUGGAAAUUUUCCAAGAUAUUCAGAAAAUUGGAAAAUGGCCGAUUGCUGAUAGAAACUGGAAGGAGUCAGAUUUCGAUUUGAAUGAAAUGCUCAAAAAUAUGGCGAAACUGCAUAUGCAAGAUUUCGGAUUUUUCGAGACCGGAUUGGUCGAAUACCCGAUCAAUGGAUCUCCUAAACAACUGAUAAUAAGACCAUCUUUGGAUCGAUUUUCCACUUCCCAGGAGAAAUUGGCCGAGACUAUUUUUGAUGUGCUCCGAUUAAGUGGACUUGAUGCUCUCCGCAAAAAUUUAUUGAGGGACGUUCAAGAAAGUUUGGAGCUGGAUAAAGAGUUGGGAAAUGUUAUCACCAAUCUUCUUCCAAGAGCUGCUAUCCGGGUUUUCGUACGAAAUCAUUUUCAAAAAGAGAACAAAGCGGUGGCUUCUGAAUUGGUUGACGUCCUCAAGAAGGCCUACAUUGAGAUGAUUCAGAAUUCCACGUGGCUUCACGAGGAGACACGUAAGCUGGCGAUUCUAAAAGUGGAGACGAUGAAGAAAAUGAUUGGGUACACGGAGGAAUAUGAGAAGGAAGGAGCAUUGGAUUCCAUGUUUAAAACGAAUCUCAGAAUCUUAAAAUAUCAGAAUCUCAGAAUCUCAAAAUCUCAGAAUCUCAGAAUCUCAGAAUCUCAGAAUCUCAGAAUCUCAGAAUCUCAGAAUCUCAGAAUUUCAGAAUCUCAGAAUCUUAAAAUAUCAGAAUCUCAGAAUCUCAAAAUCUCAGAAUCUCAGAAUCUCAGAAUCUCAGAAUCUCAGAAUCUCAGAAUCUCAGAAUCUCAGAAUCUCAGAAUCUUAGAAUUUUAG